GGAGCGUACACCUCUAUGGCUUCAGACGACGAGCUCGCUUCCCAGCUGAACAGGCGACUGAGGAUGGAAGAUCACGGAGGGGACGCGGUGCCCGAGCAGCCCCGGAGGCGGGAGCAGUCCCCCUGCAUGAGGGUGUUUAACCCUUACACCGAGUUCAAGGAGUUCACUAGGAAACAGAUCAAGGACAUGGAGCAGAUGUUCAGACAAUUUGAUGCAGGACAUGAUGGCUUCAUUGACCUCAUGGAGUUGAAACUCAUGAUGGAGAAACUGGGAGCCCCACAGACACACCUUGGACUCAAAAAUAUGAUCAAAGAAGUGGAUGAAGACUUUGAUGGGAAACUCAGUUUCAGGGAGUUCCUUUUAAUCUUCCGCAAGGCAGCAGCCGGGGAGUUGGAGGAAGACAGUGGGCUGCACGCUCUGGCGCGACUCUCUGAGAUUGACGUCUCUAUUGAAGGUGUAAAAGGAGCCAAAAGCUUUUUUGAGGCUAAGGUACAGGCCAUCAAUCACGGGAGCCGAUUCGAACAAGAGAUCAAAGCAGAACAAGAGGAAAAGAAGAGACAAGCAGAAGAGAAAGAACAGCGGAAAGCGGCAUUUAAAGAACUGCAAUCUGCCUUUAAGCCAUAAACCAGAGUGGAAUAUUUUCAUAGCAUGCAGAGAAACAAAUAUACAGAUAUUCUAAAGAUCUCUAUUUAUUGCUUAAGGUUGAACGGACCAAUAAAGUGAAUCAUUUUUAUUAGCAGAUCCAUUUUUUUAUUUUUCAGUUGCAGACGCAAUAUUUUUUUACGUCAUUUUAUUGCAGGUUUUUUUGGUCAAACGUGUAAAUAAAAAAAGGGAUCUGGGCAACACUGAAAGUGCUUCUUUCUAAUAAGUAAUGAGAGCACUCACCUUUAGUGGACUUUCUACUGAAAUUGUACCUAAGAAACAGCCUAAAGCAGGUAUUUUAUGUCCCGGCCCUUCAGUUGGGGACUACAAUUCCCAGUCUGCACAGGCAGGGUAAAUGACAGCUGAUAUUGAGAUGCCUGAUAUAGAGAAACACAUUGUGUGACUUAUUUUGUGGAAUAUUUUUGUAGUGUGUGAUUGCAAUACUCGGCUUUAUCUUCAUAAAGUAUAAAUAUCUAUAAUGUAAGUGAACCCAUCACCACAGGUUGUCUUGAUGGUAAAUGAAAGAGCAUUAAAAAAAUGUGCAAGUA